AUGGGUCGCAAGCGCGCCGCGGCGGAUGAGGCUACCAUAGACAACGCGCCAGAGGAUGCCAAGCGGCCCGCCCGACGCACCAGCAGCAGGGGCAAGAAGGAAGGCGCGUCGGCGACCGCGGCUGAGGCGCCCGCGCCUGCACCCGCCCCCGUGCCGGCGGCGCCGGCGCCCAAGAAGGCAGCGGCAGCGGCAGAAGGCAAGCAAGCAGCAGCGCCAGCGGCAAAGAAGGCGGCGGCGCCGCGACCGCCCAAGAAAGCCGCAACGCGCAAGCCCACGAAGGCCGUCAAAGCGGCAGAGCCGGCUGCGGAGCCGCAGGCCCCCGAGGCUCAAGCCGAGGCGGCGGCGGGGGAGGAGAAGCCGGCGGCGGCGCGCGGCGGCAAGCGCGCCGCCGCCGCGGCGGCCGGCGGCGGCAAGGCCGUGGCCACAGCCAGCAAGCCCAAGCCGGAUUACUACCUCAUGAAGAGCGAACCCGACACCUUCAGCAUCGAUGACCUGGAGGGGCGACCCGGCCAGACCGAGCCCUGGGACGCUCCCCCCCACCACCACCACCACCCCACGCCCCUGGCCGGCGCCGCGCUGCCCCGCUGCCGGGCUUCCACAGGCGUUCGCAAUGUGGUGGCGCGCAACGUGAUGCAG